AUGGCUCGGCCAGAAGACACCGCAGCAAUGGACACUCAUGAGGGCGACAGCGAUCGCUCCCCAGACCUGAACGACAAGCUGGAUCAGAACCAGAAGCUAAAGGACCUUGACCUCGAGGAUCAGGGCCGCCGGUUGUCGCAUCACCAUGUCACAGCAAUUGACUCGUCGUCUACCAGUGAGAGUGUGGGCCGUCAGAUUGAGAUGGAGUCGGAGAAUACCAUCAAGUAUCGGACUUGCAGUUGGCAAAAGACUGCUGCCCUGCUCUUCUCCGAGUACAUCUGUUUGGCUAUCAUGUCAUUCCCCUGGUCGUACUCUGUUCUGGGUCUCGUGCCCGGUCUGAUUUUGACCAUUGUGAUUGCGGGUAUAGUACUGUACACAUCGCUGAUCGUCUGGCGAUUCUGUCUGCGACAUCCCGAAAUCCGCGACGUGUGCGAUCUUGGCCAGUAUCUAUUCUGGGAUUCCAAGAUCGCCUGGUGGGCAACCGCUGUCAUGUUCCUACUGAACAACACCUUCAUCCAAGGCCUGCACUGCGUGGUCGGUGCCGAGUACCUGAAUACCAUGUCCGGUGGCGCAGUCUGCACGGUGGUAUUUUCCCUCAUUGUUGCGAUUGUCUCGUUCUUCUUCUCCCUGCCUCGCACGUUCAGCGCGCUGUCUCGAGUUGCCACUUUUUCCGCUUUCUUCACCUUCAUCUCGGUCCUUCUGGCGACUAUCUUUGCUGGCAUUGAAGAUCAUCCCGCCGGAUACCCCAAGAAGGGAAAUCCCAUUGUGCUAGCGAUCCCUGCCCAGGGCACGACGUUCAUCACUGGCAUGAGUGCAUUCCUGAAUAUCAGCUACACUUUCAUCGGCCAGAUCACACUGCCCAGCUUCAUCGCCGAGAUGAAGGAGCCGCGUGACUUCUGGAAAUCCGUUACUGCCGUGACCAUCGCCGAGGUCAUUGUCUUCAGUCUAGUCGGGUCUAUUGUGUAUGCCUACACGGGUACCCAGUACGUGACCGCACCCGCCUUCGGUUCUCUCUCCGACGAGGUCUACAAGAAGGUCUCCUUCUCCUUCAUGAUCCCCACGAUCAUUUUCUUGGGCGUGCUAUAUGCCUCCGUGUCAGCCCGUUUCGUCUUUUUCCGCUUGUUCGAAGGAACUCGCCAUAAGGGCAACAACACCGUGGUGGGCUGGGCUGCCUGGGCAGGCAUCCUAGCCAUCCUAUGGAUUAUGGCCUGGAUCAUCGCCGAGGUGAUUCCUUUCUUCUCGGACCUGUUGUCGAUUAUGAGUUCACUGUUUGAUUCCUUCUUUGGUUUCAUAUUCUGGGGGGUGGCGUAUAUUCGCAUGCGGGCUGCCGAUCAUGGACCGGACUUUUAUAAGACUCGUGGUUUGCGUGGUUGGUGCGGUUUCAUUUUCAAUGUCUUUUUGAUUUUGGUGGGAAUUUUCUUCUUGGGACCUGGUACCUACGCUUCCGUCAUGUCCGUGGUCCAAAGUUACCAAUCUGGCACUGUUGGCGGCGUCUUCACCUGCGCUAGCAACGGACUUUGA